CAAUCCAAGUCAAACCGAAACUGCAGCAGCGCGUAAAAACAACUUUCGGUGGUGGUGGUAUGUAGGUAGUUGUCCCAUUCGUGCGUCAGAGAAACAACCUCUGCUGUUUAAUGCCCAGCCUGUAAGAAAGCUACUUCUUCAGUUGAAAGUUUUUCUUCAGUUGCACUGCCUCACUGUCUCAUUAGUACACAAAUGUGAACGACGCAGAAAAACUCGGGCCAUGGACGACACGUAUAUCACUGCCUACUACAACUCCCUCGUUGAAGCUACGUCAAGCUGUAGACCAGCUCGGCGAGCAAAUUACGUCCAGUCACUUCACAGUACCAUCGCACACUUGAAAGAUCGUUUGGGAGGCAAAGGUAUAAACAUCGCACGCCCGUGCACGGGGAGCAGCGAAAACGACUGCUGGAUAUUCUCGCAUUUAACUGUUUGGAACGAGAUCCUCUACGCAAUAAACAGUGAGCUCAGAGAAGACAGGGUUGGUCUGCUAGCGCUUUGCUCGCUGGAUGGCGUACUACUCCCAGGUUACAAAGGAAGGACCGAGGCAUGCGUUGCAGUACAUUGGCUGCUGAAGGAGCAUCACUGCAUUUGCACGGUUGAGCUAGAUGACGUGUCACUAGUGAAGGACCACGCUUUCUUGUUCUGCAAUGCACUUUCGGUGAGCAAAGCCGUGAAAAAUUUUGUCCUGUCCUUGUGUCAUUUCAACAGCGAAUACGGUGCUGAAUUGGGCGCUGCUGUAGGACGCAUGACAUGCCUCGAUAAAUUUAAACUGCUUCUGCACCAAAGGGGCACAUACAUACACGAUGAUUAUAUUGCUGAUAUGGGUGCCAGUAUUGGAUCGACGAAUACGCUAACUGAACUGUCUCUCGAGAAAACGAGGUGGCCGAGCAACGCCGUGGCAUUUUUAAAUGGUGUGAAGACUUGUACAAACUUGAAAGUUUUGUGCGUCACCCUCACGGAGCUCAGUGACAGUGGUGCCCGUGGCCUCUCCGACCUGUUACUAAACAACCCAGACUUAGAAAAAAUUGAAUUGAAAGGAAUCCUGUUCACACACUGUGAGCUAUGUGCCAUCGCGGAGAAGCUAACAGCCACCCCUCUGUUGAAGUUGCAAACAUUGCAGUUGCAUCAUUGUAGACUUCAUGCAUCUGCACUUGGUCUGCUUACACGUGCACUGCAAAAGCACAAGGCUUUGAUUUCGCUCAAGAUAAUUGACUGUAAUUUGGACUGUAUUAAUUUGGAGUCUCUCGUACAUGGGCUUGACCAUUGUGGUUACCUAUGCGAGCUGUGCUUGGAUUGUAACAGCAUCAAGGACUUGGGUGCCACUGCCCUGGCAAGGUACCUGGGUGUAGCCCAGAAGUUGGAAGUUCUUUCCCUAAAGCGCAACAUGCUAUCGAGCUGUGGUGUGAUGGCCAUCAUCGAAGCCUCUAUACAAAAGGGGUCAGACACUAAGUUGUACUUUGGACACGUCGAAGUCAACGAAGAGGAAGCACACAAAAUCAGUCAGACUUUGGAGGCUGAGGGAGCUCAUGAAAGGGUCCAGAUGGUUUAUGGUUCCACCGGCUGCUUUCAGUUAGGAAAAGUGCUUCGGACAAACAAGUACAAAUUGGACCAAAUAGCUUUUGACGGAGAUUUUGAAUUGACGCCCAAGCAUUUUGUAGAACUGUUCAGUUCACUUUCUUGCAACUGUACCGUUAAACAUCUCGCAGUAGAAACUGGUGCAUUCGACGGGGCAUCGGCACAAGAGCUCGGAUGUCUUCUGUUGACAAACAAAACGCUCAAGUCAUUAGAGUUAGGAGCGAUUCUUCAGCCAUCACACAUGAUUAUAUUGUUUGAGAACCUCGCAAAAAAUACCUCACUUUCUAAACUUGUUCUUCCCUAUAGCAGAUUUGAUGCAAGCACCACACGUGUAUUCGUAAGCAUGCUCAAGAUGAACAGGACUCUCAACGAAUUUAGGACUUUCCUCGGAGCCAGCGAACCAUUGAGUAUACUAGUCGAUGGCUUGCCAGAUAACUACACACUUCUCGAACUUAAUAUUUUACCGGAGGUAUACAACAGAAAAGUCAUGUUCGAUGUCGGAGAAGUCCGCCGUCGAAACUAUGCGCUGCUGAACAAGGCAGCAAAGUUUGCGUUGAUGAAGUCACCCGAGAGAAGUUUGGCAUUGGCUUUCGAGAAAGUGUGCAUGAACGACUCUUUGACAUCUCAUUUGAAAAGAAUUAAUGCGAUGUCAGAAGAAGCUGCAAAGAUGCUUAUCAGACAAGCAGCUAGGUGUAUUACGGACCAGUACACCGUCCUAAGUGGUAUCGUGAAGGAGAAGCUGGAGUGUUGCCGGAACAGUGGUGACGCAGUUCAGAUUGACCAACUGAGUGCCGAAUGCCUUCAGAAAAUAUUUUCAUAUCUAAGGCUGGAAGAUGUUAUGUGGAGUGAUGGCAAAAUGUAGAUAGAGCAAGUCAGGUCAUGGCUGCAACAUUUAUUUCAUUGUUUGUUUUUGUUUGUUUGUUUCUUUAAAGUUUGUGUUGGCUAA